AAGGCAAUGGUUAUCAUAUAAAUAGACAGAUCAAAAAUUGUUUCCUUUCCUUUAUUCAUUUUAUCAAAUAUGUCAUCUAACAAUAAUACCAGUCCAAUGUUGGCCGAUCAAGAAAAAGACUAUCUACUCUAUGCGAUGUUCCACUAUAUGCCUUCUCGUCCACUUGCCUGUGUUGGAAUAGCUGUCUUUGUUGUAUUGUUUCUCUACUUGGUAUACAGUAUACGACGGCGCCCAGGUACUCCUAAGUUCAUGAUAAGGGUUCCCCUAUUGGCCAUCUUUGAACUUGUUGCUUUUGCUUUACGGUUGCAAGUAAUUAACAAUCCAGAGACAGGGACAUUUACUGCCAUGUCAAUCUUUUUACUCAUCCCAUCCAAUCUUUUGUCACUGGCCAACUACAGCUGUUUGGUUCACAUCAUCAAAUUAGCCAACUUGCAAAGUGAAAAGUUCUAUUACCGACCUGGUAUAAUAUCGAAAAUCUUUACUACAAGCACACUUAUCGCUGCCAUCUUACAAGCUACUGGUGGUGGAUUAAUCUUUAACGCUUCAUCAAGAAACGCUGCUCUCGUACUAUUGUUCCUAGGCCUUGCAUUUCAACUCAUCAUUCUCAUAUGCUAUGCUUUUACAUUGAACCAUGUUCACUCCAAUCCAAAGUUUGACUAUCAUGUAUUAGGGCAAUACAACCCCAAGCGAAAGGCAAUACUCGUGCUUUACAUUACUACAUCAGCAUUGAUCGUUAGAAAUGUGUAUCGUAUUGCUCAAUAUGGUUUUAUUGCUGUUGGACAACAAAUUUCGGAUGAAUGGGCAUUUUAUGUAUUUGAUCCACUAAUGACAGCCAUCUGCUUUGUGGUAUUUGGCCUUAUUCCAAACUUCUUCCCAAAUGAACAAUCUAGAGCUGAUCAUACGGAAGAUAUAGAAGUGAGUGCACAAUCAUCUUCCUACCCUUCCUCUUAUAAACCAAAUGCAUAAAACUUACUUUAAUCAAGAAUGCAUAGAUGUUGGUGUAUAGUAUAGAUAUGCUUAUUUAAAUAAUAAAAUAUUAAGAAGCUUGACUCUCUUUUGUAAACGAAAAAAAAAAAACUUGUAACAAUUGUCAAGUAACCAAGUUUAUAAACUGAUUGUCAAAACAAC